AUGUCGAAUCAGUCCAUUCUUAGAAUCACCCGAGAGCUGGGCGAGAUCCAGCGUGGAUCGGACCUUUCUCUAGCCGUUGCCUGCCGUGAUAUUGACGUACGUCAUGUACGAGCGCUGAUUAUUGGCCCGCCCGACACCCCCUAUGAGUUUGGCUUCUUUGAAUUUGCUGUCAAAUUCACCAAAGACUACCCGACCAAGGCACCCAGCGUUACAGCCAUCACCACAAAUGGGGGACGCACCCGUUUCAACCCCAACAUCUAUGCGGCUGGCAAGGUCUGCCUGUCAAUUCUCGGUACAUGGCGAGGGGAGCGUGGCGAAGAAUGGUCUUCUGCACAGGGACUUGAGUCCAUCCUCAUCUCUAUCCAAAGCCUCAUGUCUGGCAACCCGUACGAGAAUGAGCCUGGCUUCGAAGACGCAAAUUCCGACUACGACAAGAAGAACCAAGAGGCAUACGUAGACAAGAUUCGCCAUGAGUCUCUACGUAUAUCUGUCAUCGAGCGGCUUGAGGAGUACCUGGGUAUCAAUCGGGAGAGGCCCGGUGUAACAGUCUACAAUGCCGAGGAAGACUACCAGGCCAGCAGAGAAGAUGCGCCCUUUGAGCCCUUCAAGGACCUCUGCAAGCGUCGCUUCUUAUGGUACUACCAGUCCUACCUGGCUCGAAUCGACGAGGCUGCAAAGAAGAACAAGGAUGGAGACAAGUUCGAGAAGAUGCCAUUUGAAGGCCCAGGCAAUGCCAUGGAGGGCACGUUCAAUUACACCAAUCUCCGAGAGCGUCUUGUAAAGGUGUUUGAGACACUUAACAAGGAGAUGGAGGCUUGGGCUGCAGAGGGCAUGUCGGCUGUUCGAAAGGAGAUGAGCAUUGCCAACAAUCUCCAGCGACAAUAUGAGCAAAUCAUCGAGAACUACAAGAAGCAAGACGCAAUCACACUGGAUCUCGAUCUUGUCGACAAGAAUCCAUUCGUGUGGCAGCUCAUUCUGUUCGGGAGGCCCAUGACGAACCUCGAUGGUGGCAUGUUCAGAAUCAGGCUAUACAUUAGCCCCAAGUUCCCCGACGUAUUGCCUCGUGUUAGGUUUGAGGAGCCAGUCUUGUACCAUCAUCGCGUGUCGCCCGACGGUAUUCUCUGCUAUGAUGCUGCUCGCAAAGAUGACAUGCGAUCACACAUCGAAGCCAUCAUCGCUGCGAUUGAGGAUGAGUCUCCUGCUUAUGACCCACGUACUCUGGUCAAUCCCGAGGCCGCGAAACUUUUCUGGGGCACACCGGAUGACAAGAAGAUGUACAACCGUCGCUUGAGGCGCUCUGCGCAAGAUAGUGCAGAGAUGAACGAGACGGUUCAGCGAUGA